AUGGCAACGACGAACCAGCUCCAAGCGCGCAUGCUCGAUGUGAUGAAAAACUCGGAAGCGAUGCUCAAGGAGCACGAGAAGGUCAACGGCGGAUGCGUCGUGACGCGCUUCCCGCCAGAACCCAACGGCUACCUCCACGUUGGCCAUGCCAAGUCGAUGUCCAUGAACUUUAACCAAGCGUUCGAGACGCUUGGCGUGCCCGCGGACAAGCGCCGCACGAUCUUCCGGUACGAUGAUACGAACCCGGAGGCUGAAAGCCAAGAGUACAUCCAAGCAAUUCGCGCCAACGUCGACUGGCUCGGCUGGAAGCCGUGGAAGACAACGUACUCGUCCGAGUAUUUUGAUGAGCUGUACGAGUUUGCGAUCAAGCUCAUCAAGAAGGGGCGCGCGUACGUGUGUCACCAGUCCAAGGCUGACAUCGAAGCUUGCCGCAGCGUGCUCCGCGAUCUUCACGGCCGCGUGGCGUCGGAAGGUCUCGUGCUCACGCCCCAGGUGCUGGCGGCUGCCGAGAGUCCGUUCCGCAACCGAUCGGUCGACGACAACUUGAAGCACUUUGAGAUGAUGCGCCGUGGCCAGUACGCAGAAGGCGCAGCGUCGCUUCGGCUCAAGAUGCAGCUCGAGUCGCCCAACCCCAACAUGUGGGACUUCGUGGCCUACCGCAUCAAGUUUGUGCCGCAUCCGCACAUUGGCGACAAGUGGUGCAUCUACCCGACGUACGACUACACUCACUGCAUCGUGGACGCUCUCGAGCACAUCGACUACUCGAUCUGCACGCUCGAGUUUGAGACGCGCCGUGAGUCGUACUAUUGGCUGCUCGACCAGCUCGAUCUGUACAAGCCCAUGGUUUACGAGUUUGCGCGCCUCAACAUGACGUACACCGUCAUGAGCAAGCGCAAACUGCUCAAGCUUGUAACGAAGGGCGUCGUGCGUGGCUGGGACGACCCGCGCCUGAGCACGCUGAACGGUCUUAAGCGCCGCGGCUUCUCGGCGCCGAUCCUCAACGCCUUUUGCAAGGAGAUUGGCGUGACGCGGACGCAGUCGACGAUUGAAAUCGACCGCUUGUACGCGGUUGCACGCAAUAUGCUUGGUGACGCGUCGGCGCGCGCGAUGGCGGUGCUGGACCCAAUUCCGGUCGAAAUUGAGAACCCACUUUCGACACCGCUCGUGUGUAACGUGCCGCUGUAUCCCCAGGACAAGACGCGCACCGAAGCGCACGCUGUCGAGCUCACGCCGACGUUCUUCUUGGACCGGUCGGACGUGCGAGCGACGGACGCCGCCGACUUUUUUGGCGUCGCGCCACUGAAGAGUGUGCGCCUCAAGUACGCGGCCGUCUUUACGUGCACGUCCGUGAUCACGGAUGCGGCGGGCAAUGUUACCAAGGUCACGGGCACGGUCGACUGGUCGAACGAGAAGGGCAUUAGCCCGAAGGGCACGAUGACGUGGGUGCCGUCAAGCGCCCUCGAGUGCGAAGUGCGCGUCUACUCUCACCUCUUCACGGUCCCGGAACUGGGUGCGGUGGAUGACUGGGAGUCGCUCAUCGAUAGCAAGGGCAGCGAGAAGGUGUAUGCUUCGGCCCGCGUCGUGAGCUCGGUGGCGUCGGCCGCGCACCUCGAUUCGUUUCAGUUUGAGCGCAUGGGCUACUUUGUCGUGGACCAAGACUCGACCAGCACCCGCAAGGUGUUCAACCAGAUCGUGGCGCUUAAGGACGCCACGGCGGCCCCGGCCGUGUCCCGGAAGGAGGAGCAGAUGCGCCAACUGGCUGAGAAGCAGGCCAAGAUGUCCCUCAAGCCCCAAGACAUUGCGAUCAAGAAGCUCCAGAAGGACUGGGCCAAGCAGAAGAAGCUGUACGAGUCGAACCUCAAGAAGUAA